AUGGGCUCCAAUUUGGCUUUAUUCGAGCUGAAAACCGAAAGAAGGUUCCACGCAAACUCCCAAUCGGAUGACCUACUGUCUGGGAGCUUAUGGCUCACUAAAGGGAUCGAGAAUGCCAUGCUCAUUGAUUCUCAGCCAUCAUCGAUGGCAGUAAAUGUGCCUAUAUUACUUAAUAAAAGACUUUGGCGGUCUUUUCUACUUCGUGAUCGAAGCCUCGGUAUUGGCAUACGUCGUCGCCCGCAGGUAAUAUCCAUUACUGCCCGUGAGUGGAGUGAGAGAUUGAGCACAGAAGAUUUUAUCGAGAAGAUGCAUCACUGA